AAUUUCGUCUGUCAAAAAGCCGUUUGCCUUAUUGAUGGGUGUUGAGUUUCUGCUAUAAAUUCUUAUUUAUUAACUCUUUGGCAGUCUAAUUGGUUUUGUGUUCCCAAAAAUGGUUUAAUUAGUUCAAUUUAUUUUAAAUAUUAAUAAGUGGCUGUGCACCGACUCUUGUAAACAAAUCCAAAAUGUCCGUACCUAGCACUGGUCUGAGCAAAUUGAAAAAGAAACAUAUUCGCGUGAAACAUCAAAAAGUGAAAUUGUUUCGUGCUAAUGAACCGUUAUUGUCUGUUUUUAUGUGGGGAGUAAAUCAUACGAUUAAUGAACUGAGUCAUGUCUCUAUACCCGUCAUGUUGUUGCCCGAUGACUUCAGAGCGUACUCCAAGCUGAAGGUGGACAACCACCUAUUCAACAAAGAGAACAUGCCAUCCCAUUUCAAAGUUAAGGAAUACUGCCCGCUGGUGUUCAGGAACCUCCGUGAGAGGUUCGGGAUAGAUGAUCUGGAUUACAAGGAAUCCUUAACCAGGUUUAGAAAGCCAGAUAACUACCUCCGCUCCAAGGCGAAGAGGUUGAGCGGUUUAAGGCGCUCGGCCACCGUCCCUAGUGAUGUAGGUGGCCAAUAUGAAUCUUUGUUCCACUCCAGCUUCACCAGGGGCUUGACCAUUAAACGUCUGAGGUCCCAGCCUAUACCGGACGAUUCGUCGGGCAAGUCCGGUGCUAAGUUCUACCAGAGCUACGACAGGCUCUUCAUCCUCAAGACCCUCACGUCCGAGGAAGUCGAGAGGAUGCACUCCUUCCUCAAGCAUUACCAUCCGUACAUAGUGGAGCGUCACGGUAAGACCUUGCUGCCUCAGUACCUGGGGAUGUACCGACUGACCGUUGAUGGUAUAGAGCACUACCUGGUCGCUACGAGGAACGUCUUCUCCAACCACCUCAAUAUACAUAAGAAAUACGACUUAAAAGGCUCAACAGUAGACAGAGAGGCGUCGGAGAAGGAGUUAGAGAAGGAGCUGCCCACGCUGAAAGACAACGACUUCAUCAAACAAGGAGUUCGCAUUGACAUCGGAGACGCUGCCAAGGACAAACUGCUGGAGACGCUGACCGCUGACGUGGAGUUCCUCACCAAGUUGCACCUGAUGGACUACUCCCUCCUGCUGGGGGUCCACGAGUGCGGGCGGGGCGAGGCGGAGGCGGAGGCGGCGCGCCAGCUGGCGGACCAGGCCUCCGACGACACGGACACCGACUCCGACACAGAACCCAGGCACGACAAUAGAUGGGGAUACAGCACGCCGCCCGACAGCCCCCGCGGCGCCGCCCGCCCCCCGCGCUACGAGGGGAUCGUGCCCGAGAUAGAUAUAUACGCCAUACCCAGCCACGACGGUGCUCCGAGAAAGGAGAUAUACUUCGUCGCGUUGAUCGACGUGCUGACGCAUUACGGGGUUAAGAAACAGGCGGCCAAAGCGGCCAAGACUGUGAAGUACGGCAGCAAUGUGGACGGCAUCUCCACCUGCGAUCCGGAACAGUACGGGAAACGGUUCAUAGACUUCGUGGCUAAGGCCAUAGACAAUUAGACGAGUCUGUGCCUCCUCUAGUGCUGGACACGUAGACUGCCAACUCUUCAGCCUUAGUAGUUAAACGCUAGGUAGACGGUGUGCGCCCUGCCCUGCUCACGGAUUGGAUAUCUUUUUAUAUAUAUUAAAUUAGUUUCCUAUUAAAGUGCCAAUGUAAUUUCAUUAGUAUGAAGAUCAUUCCAAUUUUUUUUUAUCAAAACGACAGUCGGAAAUCUAUUAAUGAGUUCAUAUAUCUGUGUCAGGAGUUUGUUGUACUAUUAUAAAUACUCUAUGGUCAGUAGAAACAUGAUCCUUAAAUGUUAUAUUUUAUUUUAUAAUCUUUAUUUUAUAAUAUUUAGUUGGAUUGGAAAGGAACACACAGGGUUGUAGGAUUUAUUCAAUAUCCGCACUAAGGGAGGCAGAGGCGUGACGUUACAAAGAUUCAAUGAUUAUUGAGAAAUUGAUAAGAAUUAAUUAUGUUAUAUAUUUAAAAAUAUUAUGAAAUGCGUUUGUGAAGAGAAAACCGUUUAUAUUAACGUGGGCGUUCUGUUGUGAUUCAAUAAUCCCUAACUUAUCGUGAUGUACUUGUGGUCCGUCGGUUUGAUCUUAUACUGGAAAUCUCCUUUAAGUGUGCUGUGGACAUGAAAAAUGGCGAGUAUAGUUGACAGUGACAGGUGGGUCGAUUAACAAAUGGCGGGUAUAGAUGACAUUGACAGGUGGGUCGAUUUGUGGCGGUAAGCGUUUGUCGUCUGAUUGAUUUAAAAUGUUAAAAUAAAUGAAAGGCACCAAUACAGAUUUAAUAAUGACAAAAAAAAACUUUUCAUUAAGAGUUAAAAAGAAUUUGAUCGACUAUUUUUGUACGGAUAAGGCCACCCAUUCACUUGCGUCAUUCUAAUCUUACAAAGGGUUUUGCAACGACUUGAAUACCAACAGUUUCGAAGUUUGUCAUUUUAUAAACGCUCUUAUAUUCAUUAUCACCUGGAUAUGAGAAGCUUGGGUACGUCCGUGGACCGAACACCUCGCGCUGAUCACUCCGCGUGUUACUUUGUAAGCACAGACUUUGUAAUAAUCUUUAAAGAAUCGUUACUAGCUUUUAUAACGUUCCGCUAUCGUAGAAUAGUAAUUAAUAUUAUUGUUAAAUAUCGUUGGUAUAAUGUUGUAAAGUUACGUGGAAGUUUGGAACGAGUCGCACCGCCAAUGCGAUGAGGGCGUAUCGUAUGUUAAAAUGGUAAGUGAAACGAUAUCAAAGGAUAGAUGUCUAUCUGAAUAUUUUAAUGGUGUUAUUUGUCAUCCUUAACGUGAGAUACGCCUUUCUCUAAGUAGCCGGUUGGUUGAUCCGAGCGUCCGCUAUGCAAUCUUUGCCAAUACUUACAUGAAUUCGCUUAGUCUUGUCUAGUGUAGUGUUGAUAUGAUCUAAGAUUUUGUUAUUUAUUAUUCUAUAACGGAUUAAGACUUGGAUUGUUGUGUCGUAUCUCGUAUACGCUGUUUGUCGGAAUUGUAUUGAAUUAUAUAUAUAUAUAUAUAAAUAUACAUGUAUGUAUCUGGUGAUAUCGUCGGCUUCGAGACGCGGUCACGGCGAGGUAUGUCGACACUGGCAGUAUUCAGACUGUAUUCUCCAGCCCCCGUUAUAUUUCAUUCUCGAUGAUAGCUCUUGUGAUAUGUUUUAUUAGUUAUAAUUACUUUAUGCGACGCUCCGUCGCUUGUAUAUGCUUCGAUAGCACAUUAUAUACACACAAAAUUUAAUUAAGUUACUCUUUGAUACGAUUCAAAUGUCAGCUGUCAUGGAAUGAUUAAUGUCACGUGUGUUGCCAUUGUUUAGGCGAUAGUUGAUGUUACGAUUGUUUAGUUUUAAUAAUUUUGUUGAUGGGAGCGCGUUAGGCUUCGCUAUGUAUCGGCAUUCAACACAAAUUUGAUAUGUUAAUUCUCUAGUCUCCUCUUGUAAAGACAUGUACUAAAAAUAUAUAAAAACAUUAAUUUUUGAAAUUGGGUUUAUAAAGUUUCAGGAA